AUGGUUGUGGUUUCACUAAAUGGCAAGAGUGGUUUCCGUGCCUUAGGAAAGAGCAUGCUUGAAGAGCUAAUAAUUCAUCAGCCAGAUGAUCCCAUUCAGUUUAUGAUAAACCAUUUAAAGCAAAACAACGAUGAUGCUCCAAGAAUUUGUGUACUUGGUCCACCUGCUUCUGGGAAAACAACAGUUGCACUGUGGCUUUGUAAACGUUUGGAUGCCAUACGUAUCUCUCAGGAGACUUUGUUAUUCAAAGAAGCACUGGCACUGACAGAGGAAGCAAAGGCUUAUAAGGAAAGAAAAGAGAAAAUUCCCAACGUGCUUUGGGCCAAUCUGAUCCAGGAACGUCUGUCAAACGUGGACUGCAUCAAACAAGGAUGGAUUUUGGAAGGCUUCCCUGAAAAUCAGGAACAGGCAUGGAUACUGCAGUCAUCUGGCAUCAUUCCUAGGCAUGUCGUUGUGCUUUAUGCUCCAGACACUGUGCUGAUUGAGAGGAACAGUGGGAAAAGGAUUGAUCCCAUCACAGAAGAGGUGUACCAUACAACCUUUGACUGGCCACGUGAUCUGCUGAUACAGGAACGUUUGGUGAAACCAGAAGAUCUAUCUGAACAGGAGAUAUCAAAGAAACUGCUGGAAUAUCACAGAAACUUCCCUGGGAUUUUCCACAUCUACCAAAAAAUUCUGAAAUCAAUCAAUGCAGACCAGCCUUCCAUGGAUGUCCUCUCACAGGUUCUUACCUAUGUCCAAACACGGCACCGAUCAGCUGCCCCUUUUACACCACGGAUUGUCUUCUGUGGACCCCCAGGCAGUGGGAAGAGCCUUCAGGCAUCACUGUUAGCUCAGAAAUAUGGUGUUGUCAACAUUUGCUGUGGGCAACUGCUAAAGGAAAUUGUUGCAGGCAAGACAAAACUUGGGGAACUCAUUAAGACUUACCUUGAGAGUGGAUACCCAG